AGACACACACACACACACCCUCCUCAGAUAUCUGUUUCUUCUCUGCCGUCGCGCUGACACACCAACACACACAGAGGGAGGUAGAUAACUCUGUGAUUCCGCUGCUGAAUUUUUAACGCUGUUGUGGAACUUUUUUUUCCAGGCGGGUUACUGUGGCACCGGGGUAGUGUUACACUGACAGAGACUCAGAGAAAGGGUUCACUUCAGUGCUGCUGUUUACUGAGGCUGGACACAAACAGGGGCUUCAUGGGGAGCACGGCCCCUUGUCUCCUGAUGUUGUCACCGUAGCAACAUGACCCUCAACACCCAGAGAGAGAAGGAGCCCCUGCAGCGGCGCGGCAGCACACCGACGCCUCCCGCCCAUUUCUGCCACCACCCGUCCUUGACUCGGGCCGCUCGGCCUGCCAGAACCCCGGACGACCCGGAGCGGCCGCGGCCCCAGCGCAGCCACCUGCUCCUGGGACAGUCGGCGUCCUACGACCCCGGAGACAAGUCCCUCCGCUACCGGGCCCACUGGAGCUCGGACUCGGACGACGACUCGCAGAGCGACUCGGAGUGCGUUUACAGAGUGGUCCUGCUGGGAGACCACGGCGUGGGAAAGAGCAGCCUGGCAGGAAUCUUUGCCGGGAUCACAGAUAAAGAUGAGCAAGCUGGAGACGACACAUAUGAGCGGACGCUGACAGUGGAUGGAGAGGAAACCACACUCAUCCUUAUGGACACCUGGGAGAACACCACACAUGAUGAUGAUGAUGAUGAUGAGGAUGGCUCCUCUCAAGACGACUGUCUGAAGGUGGGGAGCGCUUACGUCAUCGUCUACUCCGUCACCGACCGCUCCACCUUUGACUCCGCCGCCGAGCUGCGCAUCACACUGAGACGCGCACGUCAGGCCGAAAACCUUCCCAUCAUCCUCGUCGGCAACAAAAGCGACCUGGUCCGGUCCCGAGAAGUUGCUGUGGAAGAGGGCCGAGCGUGCGCCGUGGUGUUCGACUGUAAGUUCAUAGAGACGUCGGCGUCUCUGCAGCACAACGUGGCCGAGCUGUUCGAGGGAGUGGUCCGGCAGAUCCGGCUCCGCCGGGACGGCAGCGAGGCCGUGCAGCGCCAGCACUCCGUGUACAAGCGCAAAGAGAGCCUCACGCAGAAGGCGCGGCGCUUCCUGGACCGCCUGGUGGCGCGCAACAACCAGCGCAUGGCGGUGAAAGUGCGCUCGAAGAGCUGCCACGACCUGGCCGUCCUCUGAGCACGCGCGUCCAGCAGGUGUGUCAGGUGCACGCGGCCCUCGCACCCGCGGCACGUCCCGCUGGUUGCGACGCCGUGGACGCAGGUUCCUGCAAUUAGCGCGUGCGCGGCGUGUCACGCGGACGCAGCCGGCGGCGGAGACCGUCAGGGGGCAGAGGCCGCCGAUCGGUGAGAAAAAGCCCCGUCCUGAUUCACCGCGUGGUGUCAGCUGACUAAUGACUGUAAGGGGUCGUUUCCAGUGAGAUGAGUGUUAAAUGUGUGCGUGUGUGCGCGUGAGACGUCCUGUCAUUUCCACCUUGUCCACGGAGCUGUUCUCCUGAGCUUUCUAUUGUUUUCAUUUCAGCAUUGUAAAGAAUAAAGGGUUUUUUGCCUUAAAA